CCCGCCCAGCUCCCGCGCGCUGCCCGCCGCCAGCCCUCAGCCCCCUCGGAGCCCUCGGAGCCCUCAGCCCCUCAGCGCGGGAUGGCGGCAGCUGGCGGCGGUCGUGGCUCCCAGCCUGGGCUGGCUUCGGCGCCGGGAAGCGCCGGCGACACCUCCCUCCUCGGUAGCGCCACAGUGUGGCCCUUGAAGCGCUACGGUCGCUUCCUCCCCCCGAAGGACGGUGACCAUGAGGGGCAGAACACCUCUUGGAAGGUGUUUGAAUCAAAUGAAGAAUCAGGCCCUCUUGUUCUUACCAUUGUGGAGUCUGGCCAUUUCUUCAUUUCCCAAGGACGAACAGUGCUGGAAGGCUUUUCCCUGAUUGAUUCCCACAAGUGGCUGAAGAUAGUGAGGAGAGCAGAGUGCCUGCUGCUCCGGGCAGAGGCCAAGAACGAGUGCCGCAUGUUCCGUGUGCAGUUCGGAGGGAGCUCCAGGGAGGAGAUGCAGGAGCACUGCUGCAGCUGUGUCCAGAAACUCAGCGAGUACGUCCCAGUGCAGGGGGCUGAGGAGCAGAGCCUCAGCCAGGACACCCAGGGCAUGGACACUGAGCACGCACCAGAUGAGCCUCUCUCAGACUCCUGCACAAGCCUUGGAGAAAGAAGAUCUGUAGCACAGCUUGCACAGUCGGUGCUGCGGCAGCGGCCGGAGCUGCCCCCGGCGUGCCGGCACCCGGCCUGGAGUGCCCGGGAGCUGGGGCCCUUCAUCCGCCUCUGCCUCAUGGACCAGCACUUCCCCGCCUUCGUGGAGGACGUGGAGAAGGAGCUGCACAGACUCGCCCAGGAAUGAGGCACGCCCGGCCCUCGAGGGGUGCACACAGCUCUGGUGAUUAAAGGUUGAAAAACAAGGCCUACA